AUGACACUAAUGGACAUUGGAGUUUUACACGGACAUGUCCCCUCUCCUACUCCGGACUCGGUGGCGGUUGAGGACCGCUCGGAUGUGGACACCGAGGUCGAAUCGAUUCCUCGGAUUCCGAAAGGGAACCAACCUCUCGGUCCAAAUUCUUUCGGAUCCCCCUCCGAUUUGGGUCCAAUUAAACCCCUCGAUGCCGAACAAGUUAGUUCCAGCUCGACAAACUCCGUCCACCACCGAGGAGACUUGCGUUUGGGUAACCCUCCACGUGCAACCGAGCCCACCCGGGUGCCCGGCACCUUACCCACCACCUAUUUGAUAAAAACUCCCAAUCGGUCUUCCCGAAUGCGACACUACGCUAAGGUGUCAAUGCGGGCCGAGAGUCGGGAGAAAGGGCGGAGGCCGAAUCAAUCGCUUAUAGACCGGGGUGCUAUUGUUGUGCCGGUUCAACAAGCAAUCCCUCUAAGGCGGAAUGCUACUCGUCGCCAUAGGCUAGAUGGCUACUCGUCGAUUCGAGUACAAGCAUGGUACUCGCAUUGUUCAAUCAGCAACUUCAAUUCGAAUAACAUGAAGAUUGGUAAACAAAAAGAUAAGGUGACGAGUGGAGGUGCACCACUUGACAUUGAGGAGAAAGUAUUUGUUGAGGAAUUGGUUCUUCCUAAUGCUCAUGGGGCUACCACUCGGACUAGUAGAGGUGAUGGUCGAGCGAGGGCUUCUACGCGGAUGACCACUAGAAGUGGUGGGGUGAAAACUAGAGGUGGUAGUAGGCGGGUGCUUACCACCACGGCUCUUGAGAAUGGGAUUUUGGGUCUAAUAGUGUUUUGCAAUAGGGUUGUGAUUUUUAGGACUAGAAGUGGUUUCGGUGAUUCAAGGCUAUUUAAGGUCGACGAAGAUGGGGUUUUGGUUUAUGAAGAGUGGACUUUGGAGAUGGAGUUACAAUGGAUUGGUAGUAGUGAGGGAUUGGUUCGGGUUAUGAGGGAGAAAAGAGUCCGGUAUGGGUGGUGGCCGGAGAUGAAAGAGGAAGAGGGUGGUUAUGGGGGAGGUGAUGAAUAG